UCUUCUCUUCGAAAAGAAAGACUCCGUCCCCUCCCCCAUAUCUACACUAUACUCUCGAACUUCACUGAAAUUCCCAAACCAUCACCACAUUCCUAAAUAAAUUAGGGCAUUACACAUAAAACCCCUAAUCUUAAUUCUUCCAUUUAAACAGACUUGAUGAAAUUGAGGAAGCAAUUUGUGCAACUUUUCAGUUGCGAAUAAAUGAAGUAAGUAACAUUAUCCAUCACAUUUCCACCUCUUUAUUAUUCUUCUUGAAUUCAUUUUUCAUGGAUAGUUACAGUUUUCUUAGUUCAUCAAGAUUCCAAUUCCAUCAAUUGAAGACUCUGAACCCUAAAACACAUAGAAAUAGAAAACCCAUUUACAUUCGUUCAUCAAUUUCAUGUAAUUCUAAGAACUCAGAAAAUGAAGAAAAGAAGAGAAAUGGAUUAGAAUUACUUCAAUUUUCAGUAACCUUAUCAGUAAUUUCUGCAUCAUUAUUAUCACCACAAGCUGCAAAUGCAGCAGUAAAAACUUCGAAAACAGCAAAACGGGCGGCUAAAAAGGUAGAAGCCUUAUCACCUGAAGAGUUGAAAUUAUGGUCUAAAGGGUUGCCCGUUGUUAGUCAUAGAAUUCCAUAUACUGAGAUAUUGGAUUUGAAACAAGAGGGGAAACUUAAACAUUUGAUUAAGCUGCCUUCGGGGAAUUUGAGGCAGAAACCGGAUUCGGUUCUAGUUGUUUUAGAGGAUUCUAGGGUUUUAAGGACUGUUUUACCAACAUUGGAAAGAGACGUGAAGUUUUGGGAUUCAUGGGAUGAGUUGAAAUUGGAUACUGUUUGUGUUAAUGCUUAUACUCCUCCUGUUAAGAAACCCGAGUAUCCGUCGCCUUAUUUAGGAUUUGUGAACAAGUUUUCGGAGUUUGUGAUGUCGUUUAUGAAGACAAAGCCACUGUCAAAACGAGCUCUGGAAAUUCAGAUGGCGAGGAAAGAGUUGCAAAUGAGGAAGAAGUUUGAGUUGGCGAGAGUGAAGAAUGAACGGGAGAUGAUGGAGAAGGCUCUUAGAAUGCAGAAGAAGAUGGAAGAGAGGGAAAGGAGGAAGGAAAUUAGAAGGGUAGAGCAAGAGGAAUCGUUGCGUCGGUCUAAGGAGAGUUAUGAAAGAAUGGCUUUAGUUUGGGCAAAUAUGGCUCAUGAUCAGACCAUAGCAGGAUUUCUUGGGGUUUUCUUCUUUUACUUGUUUUAUAGGGUUGUUGUGUUGAAUUAUAGGCAACAACAGAAGGAUUACGAGGAUAGGUUGAAAAUUGAGAAAGCCGACCGGGAUGAGAGGCAGAAGAUGAGGCGAUUAGAGAAGGAGAUGGAAGGUACAGAGGGUGAAGAGGAUGAGGUUGAAGGUAAGGAUGGUGAUAAAAAUCCUUACAUGAAAAUGGCAAAUCAGUUUAUGAAAUCUGGUGCUCGUGUUCGUCGAGCCCGCCAUAAACGAUUGCCCCAGUUUCAGGACCGAGGUGUGGAUGUGAAGUUUACAGAUGUUGCCGGGCUUGGGAAAAUCCGACUUGAGCUUGAAGAGGUUGUGAAGUUCUUCACACAUGGAGAAAUGUACAGAAGGAGAGGAGUGAAGAUACCAGGUGGUAUACUUCUUUGUGGACCCCCUGGAGUAGGGAAAACUUUGUUAGCAAAAGCUGUAGCUGGUGAGGCUGGGGUGAAUUUCUUUUCGAUUUCCGCUUCUCAGUUUGUGGAAAUAUAUGUUGGUGUGGGUGCUUCUCGUGUGCGAGCAUUAUAUCAAGAAGCGAGGGAAAAUGCACCAUCUGUUGUCUUCAUUGAUGAAAUUGAUGCCGUUGGUAGAGAACGUGGUCUAAUUAAAGGUUCUGGUGGACAAGAGCGUGAUGCCACUCUUAAUCAGCUCCUUGUAUGCUUGGAUGGGUUUGAAGGGAGAGGUAAUGUCAUCACUAUCGCAGCCACAAAUAGACCAGAUAUCCUUGAUCCAGCACUAGUUAGACCGGGAAGGUUUGAUCGAAAAAUUUACAUCCCCAAGCCUGGCCAAAUUGGUCGAAUUGAGAUUCUGAAGGUGCAUGCUCGUAAGAAGCCAAUUGCCGAAGAUGUUGAUUAUAUGGCCGUCGCUAGUAUGGCAGAGGGAAUGGUGGGAGCUGAGCUAGCAAAUAUUAUUGAGGUUGCUGCCAUUAAUAUGAUGCGUGACGAAAGAACUGAGAUUACAACAGAUGAUUUGUUACAAGCUGUACAAAUAGAAGAACGAGGAACACUUGAUAGAAAGGAUAGAAGCCUAGAAAUGUGGAAGCAACUAGCUCUCAAUGAAGUUGCCAUGGCUGUGGCGUCUGUGAACUUUCCAGAUCUGAAGAACGUUGAGUUUAUCACCAUUUCACCUAGAGCAGGCAGAGAAAUGGGUUAUGUCCGGGUGAAGAUGGAUCAUUUGAAAUUUAGUGAAGGAAUGCUUAGUCGACAAUCUUUGCUGGAUCACAUUACUGUUCAAUUAGCACCUCGAGCGGCAGACGAGAUUUGGUAUGGCAAAGAUCAGUUGAGCACAAUUUGGGCAGAAACGGGAGACAAUGCCAGGUCCGCUGCCCGAAGCUUAGUCCUGGGUGGUCUUACAGAUAAACAUUAUGGGCUGUCUGAUUUUUGGGUUGCAGACCGGCUUGAUGACAUCGAUUUGGAGGCCUUGCAGAUUCUUAACACUUGUUAUGAACGCGUUAAAGAGAUCCUGGAGCGAAACCGCACACUCGUGAAUGUCAUGGUUGAUGAACUCGUCCAGAAGAAAACUCUUACAAAACAGGAAUUAUUUCGCCUGGUGGACCUACAUGGUUCGCUCGAACCAAUCCAACCUACUAUCCUUGACAUCAGAGUUGUCAACCGCAAGAAGUUACAAGAAAAGAUGAUGCACCAGAUGGAAGUAUCACAACAAAGCAGCAUGUGAGACCGAAGAAAUAAAAGAUCACCAAAAAGGCAUCAAGUCUGGUAGGAUGAAGCUUCACAACGACCAACAGGUUCGUAGCAGACGUUGAGUACCAUCAAUGAACAUCAGAACCCGAGUGUACCAAAUUUUGUUUUGUAUUUAGCCAUUUGAGUUAGUUUUUGUUCUGUCAAUCUAUUGUAUUCUUGUAAUCUUGUUCGAGAAAACAGUUCACUGAACGGCGGGAACUGAAAGCCGGUGACACCGGAAAAAUCAAAAAAGAAGAACAAAAUAAAAUCCAAGGAAAACAAAAAUUGUAGUCU